UACUGCGAGAGAGUGAAGAGAAACUUCAUUAAGGGUUCUACUUUAAAGAGAAGUAUAAAGGGAAAUUGAUUUCGCGCCUAUCAGAGAGUUUCCGUGAUCUUCGAUUAGAUCGUUUCGACCGAUUUAAAUCGAUCUUUCGAUAAAGUUGAAGAAAACAAAUAGACGAGUGAAAAGGACGACCAACGUCACUUUUGAUUCAGAAUCGAUAAUCGUCUUUAAUAACUAGAGAAAGAGAUAGAGAGAAAGAGAAAGAGAAAAAAAGGAGAUAAAGCAUGAGAAGACAGUCGUUCGUUCCAAGUUUGAGUAGCGGAAGUACCGGGGAGCCGCUAAUCGUCGUUGAGGAAAGUACACUCGGUGAGGAGGAUGCCGAACGUCGAAGAAACGAAUCUCCUCCACGUUGUCUGGAUCCUGAUUCUCCGUCCUUGAAUCCCUAUCUUCUUUCACCAUGGAGGGAGACCAGGAAACAUUCUCUACCGACGCCGCAAUGUACAUCCGGGAUAACCGCAUCCCAGGUACGACGUCUAAGCGAGAGGGGAGGAGAAGGAUCGGGUCCAUCGCCAAGGGAGGCUGCUUUCCUUGCUACGUUAUCGCAAGCACCACAACCUCAACCCGGUGGGAGAAGACAUUCCGUAGUGACGAUCUCAAGGGUACCACCAACUCUCUUCGGUCGCAAUCGUCGAGAAUCUAUUGCUGCAUUUCCACUAGCUGGUGCUUCAAGGAUAUUACCAGGUCGUCGGGAUUCAACCGGACCACCGAGCAACACUGGAAGUUCUCAUAAUCUUCAAUUGGAUAUAAUGGACGACAUAGCCAAGAUCAAACCAAGAAAGGUACGCCUGAAAAUGUUCAAAACGCCAUCACGAGAAUGCGUUUGCGAGAUUCAACCUUUAGAGGGUAACAGUUCGAGUCAGCACUACACGCAAUAUCAAAAGCGACGAUUUUCCGAGUUUCCGAUACCCACAGUAUCACCGACAUCGAAUUCAUCGAUAAGAAGACGAGCUUCUGAAGUACCUAGGCCACCUACAGCAACGACACCAGCAUCUGGCACGUCUGCGGCUGGUAUCGUUUGCUCGAAUACAGAUUUAAUAUCGAUUUUAAGCUCGUUGACAUCUUCGGCGACGGAGAUAAACAGAUGCGGCGAGGACGCUCCACCCUCGUUUUCUCGAGAAGACGGCAAGUCCAAUUGGUCGAGCAAAACGACCGAACAGAAACGUAACAAAUUGAAAAGCUUUCGUUCAAACAGUUUCGACGUAUCGAUUUUACACGGUACGACAAAUAGCAAACAGGCAAGUCCAGGUACGAAAUCAACAACUUCCUCGAUCAUGGCUCCGUCCAAUUGGUUCACCAAACGGCAUCAACCAAUGUGGAAGAAACAAAAAAGCGAGGAAUCAGCAACUUCGAGUUUACCUUUUAAAUUCGAUAAGUCGAAGGUCGUCCGCGCGGUGAAGGAUACUUUGAAUAAAUCACCGCCGUCGAAGGACAACGAGACAAGGCACAAGGUCGUUUGGGAUGAUACCAGCGGUACGAAGGUUGACGCACAAGUCCUAGGCAGUGCGAUCGAGAAAAUUCUAACUGCCCAGAGAGGGAACGACACGGAAUCCGCUUCUUCGUCGAAUGGAAAACCAUCGGUUUCGCCUAACAAAUCGAGACCCGGGAAAAUGACAGCUUGGUUUUCCUCUGGUGGAAAUAAGGAACAAGAACAGACUGAAUCUUGCGAGCCAUCGAUCUGCUCAUCUCUUAAAGAUCUCUUCGUAAAGUAGUUUGCACGUAACGGUCUAUUCGUUCCAUGUAUCGUAAUUCGCGUUAAUCCUUCUCCUUUAUUCGAAAAUGAUUCCCUUUUCGCUCUCGUUGUACAUUUUAUAGGACAAUAGAACAUGGUGAUGAUAGAGAACGUCUGUUAGAUCGAAAUCGUAUAGUUUCUUAAGAAACGGAGAAUUAUUAUUGCGUUUUUUAUUUAAUUUUAUAUAUAUAUAUAUAUACAUAUAAAAAGUAUAUAUAUUAAAAUAUAUGUAUAUAUAUAUAUACUCUUGUUAGAAUGAGAUUAGUCAUAGGAAAAAAAGGGCUUACGUUUUCAAGUUUAGAAAAAUGUAUAUCUAGUCGCAUCGGAUAAUUGACAAUCUGUGGACUCCUUGUAAAUUUCUCUCGUUAGUCUCGAUUGAGUCUUUAUGAAAUCUUAUAUAUCUAUUAUAUCAAAAUAAAAAUAUUAUUUGAUCGAUCCUCUCCGAUCUUAUAUACCUAUAUCAAAGAGAGAUUAAAUAUUUAUUAAAGAGUAAAAGUCAACAACAUCUAAAAAAUGCAUGUGAUCGUUCCACCUACCAAUGUUUACAUGUAAGACUUUAAAUGUGCAGAAAUCACAUAUUAGACGGCUUCCUUUGCGAAACGUUCGAAAAGAAGACUAGAAAAUUGCACCUCGUACCGACUAAUUCCCAUUGAUAUUUCUAUUCGAAUAAUUUUAUUCGUAUUCGUUUAAAAUAAAAAUAAAUAAAUAAAUAAAUAAAAAGGAAGCUCGAAUAUCAUCGUUCUGUCGAUAAAAAACAAAAAAAAAAGAAUAAAAAAAAGAAAGAAACAGAAAAAGAGCAAAAGACUUAACAAUCGUACGACUUCGUUUUAAUCUUAUCACGUUGAAAGAUUAUUAAUUUUGAUUACUUCAUUUGUAUUAAAUUAAAAUCGAUAUAGACAAAAAUUACGAAAUAUAAUAUAAGCGCAUACACGUAGUUUGCUUUAAUAUUAAUAAAUCGUUUGUCGUUAGAGUGAAUUAUAAUGGAGGUAUUCAGUACUAUUAAGUACUAUUUUGCGUUGAACGAGAACAAAUGGUGCAUUAAUAAUCAUACUAGUCUAAGCAGAGAUACCUAACAAAUCUCAAUCGGAGCAUGAACUCAUUAAAGUGUAUAACGAUGAUGACUGCGUCGAAUAAUAUAUAUACAUAUAUAAUAUACGUUCACCUUUGCGGGCCGAAGGUUUAUGAAUUGAUUGUAAUAUAUUAUAUACCUAUUUAUAAAAAAUAAGCAAAAAAAAUGUCAUGAUACAUAUACUUUUAAUAUCGCGCAAAUUUGAGUUGCACCUUAUACAUACCACAUACACACACACAUACACAUAUGUAUGUAUGUACGUACACAGACACAGAUACACACAGGGACAAUUAGAUUAUCGAAUUAUCAGGAUUACCAGUGUUUAAUGUCAUACCCUAAGAAAAUAUAUAGUCAUAGAUCACCCCAUAUAAAAAUAAAAAGAUUAAAUAUCCAAUUAAAACCGAUCAAAUAAAAGUUACAAAAUCAUGGAUAUAAUUAUCUAAAAGUAUUUUCUGCUAAUAGAUCGGAUUAUCUUAUUAAAAAAGAAAAAAAAAGUUGAAGACUUAUUAUCACGAACAAAUGUAAAUAUAGAUAGAUGUAACUUAUAUAUUAUGAUACCAAAAACAUUCAUGUUACUUUCUCUGUAUCAGUGUUGGGAGUAAUUGCAAUGAGAUUAUUGAAUUAUAAAUCUGGAUAAUAAAAUUCUUGUCUCAUCUA